AAUUGACAUCGCUCGACAUCGUUCCAUCUAAAAUUUGUCGAUUUUUACGUCGUUUUAUAUCAAAUUUUGCCGGGAAUGUAAAAUUUUGGAAUAUAAAGUCCUUCGUUUUCCUGUUAGUUACCUGUUUUGCGUGUUAAUCAUGUGGAUUUUGCGACAUUUGAGUUCUGAUUUGCGAUUUUACUUGACUCCCGACAAGAAAACGUUCUCUGUCGGUCGCAGUUUGACCGAUUUCAUCCUCGAAAGCGACCAGACCAUCAGUCGGCGUCAUGCAAGUCUCAUUGUGAAGGGCAACAAGCUCUUCAUACUCGACGAAGCGAGCAAAUACAAAGUUUUUCUCAACGAUGGCAUCGAAUCGAAAAUUGGAAUCCCGCAAAAGAAGGAAGUUGAGCUGAAAAAAGGUGAUCGCAUCCGUUUCGGGCAGUAUUCGAACAAUUUUGUCGUGGAAACAAUCGAAAUGUGCACUUUAACGUCGACCUUGACGCCUCCCGUGAAGAAAGAACUCGAGGAUCAGCUGAAAUUGAUCGGAGUCAAGGUCACAGAUUCCAUAAAUGACAAAUUUACUCACCUGACAAUGCAGUCAAUUGUGAUAACGUCGAAGCAAUUACAAGCUUUGGUUGUUGGAGUGCCUCUCGUUACCAUCGAAUACUGGGAAGAAGUCUCAAAAGCCAUCAAAAAGCACAAACCGCUGCCAGAUGUGAAGAAAUUUCUUCCGAAAAAUGGAGAACCGCUGCUGGCACAAAGUCACCACUUGUUCCAUGUGAACGAAAAUCGAAGAAAAAUUUUUGAGGGAAAAGUUUUUUACUUUUUCCGAGCAUCGCAUGCAGAAACGUACAAAAUGACGAUCGAAACAGCUGGCGGACGAGCUCUUGACUUGGUGAAUCGCGCAAAUAACGUGAAGAAAAGUCAAUUAAUUGCAGAAAAUGCUGUCGUUAUUCAGUACGAAGCUUCCGAACAAUCACAGGCGACGCAAAGUAUCGAUUCUGUGGCAAAUUACGUUCGAUCAAAGAAGCUCCGAUUGAUUCCCGAGAUAGAAAUUCAACUGGCAAUCUUGCAUUGUUCCGUUGAAAAAUAUUGCAAUCCCCGUUUCAAGUUUAGUGAUAUGUUUGCGCCACUUAAAAUGGUUAAAAGUGACCUUUGGGCGAAAGCAACGGAGCCACAAUCGACAUGCGACUCAGUCCGAAGCAUACGGAAGUUGUUACCCGAAAGUCUUCCAGCUGCGUCUUUAGAAGAUUCCGUUCCGCCUAUCCCGUUGAAGGAAACGAACAGAAAUGAGAAGGAUGAUGUCCCAAAAAGUCGAGGUACACGUCAAAGUAAACGAAAACUUGAAGCUGCCGAGCAAAAUGAACCGAAUAAGAUGCAGGCCGUGGAGAAAAAUGAUGCUCCAGUAGGUCGUCGAUCCACAAGACGCUCAUCGGUGAAGGCAAAAGCUGUCCCAGAAGCUUCUGUCGACUACUGUCCGGUAGAGGAAAAUGCCAUCGUUGAAGAAAUUGUUCCUGAAAGUGAUCCAGCUGCCAUGGAAUCGUCUUUAAUUAAGGAAAAUGAGCCAGUUAAAGAAAAAUCUCAGUUGGCACCAAUCUUUUUAGGUCAAAAAUCAUCAAAAUCCUCACCGGCAAAGGAAAAAGUUGUUCAACCGAGUCAUGUUGCAGAGGAAAUAAUUCCUGAAAGUCAGCCAAAAGCAAUUCUAAGUGCCAGUAACAGUCAAUCUUUCAUCACUUCCUUCAUGGCGGCCACAUCUUCCAACGAAGCUGCUCCCGCAAAAUCGAAUUCCGGAUCUAGUACAUCGGAAAAUCGUCGCACUCGUCGUCGAGCUGCCGUUGAAGACGAUAACGAUGACAUUUUGGACCCUUUUGCAUGUUUCGAUCCCGCUCCAAAGCGUCAAAAGACCGUCAGUUCGCCCGUUGCUCACGUAUCUCGUCUCGAAAGUUUCCGCGAAUCACCAAAAGCCGCUCAAAAAAGUCGCGGUGCCCGAAAUCGCGAAGACACGGACGACUUGGACUCGUUAUUCCAGCUUCCCGCGAGAGCAGCACUCUUCAAACAACCGUCAAAGCCGGCGCAACCUGUGAUUUUGUCACAAACUGCCACUAAAGAGUACGAAAGACCACAAAAAACGACAACUCCCAACAUCUCGAUCGCAGCAAAUCAAACAAUUUCAUCCGAGGGCUGGCUCUCCGCCUCAAAUAUUCCGCAUCAACCGAUAAAAGUCGAACCGGACUUGGAUAUUUCCGAGUUUGAGCAGAAAGUUGCCAAUUGUUUCAUCACUGAAGUGAAGCCAAUGUUGCUGAUGUCCCGUUUGGAGAGUAGUCGCGAUGUAACGGACCAUCCUCAAACCACUUUAAACUCGACACGUGGCAAAAAUUUCAAAGGAUUUGUUAAAAAACGCAAUUACAAGCCACAAACCAAGAUAAUUGGACAAAAAUUUGAAAUUAUCGGACUAACGCAACUUAAAUUCUAAGUAACUUUUGUCAAAAAUCGCCUUGAUUAAAUGUUAAGUUAAUGUUAAAACACAGAAAAAUGUUAUACAAAGAGUAAUAAAUUCAUUUAAUUUUCGUACAGUGACUUAAAUUUGGGGUUUUUUAGAUGCCAGUUAGGUCAGCCAGCGUCAUGUUAUGGUUUGACGUCAAAAUUAUUGUGUGAGGAGUGAUGUCCUCGGAGAUCGUAGGCAGUUCUUCCGCCUUUAGCACGUUAUUGGUACAACGUUUUUCAUGGUACGUGCGAUUUGA